AUGGGCACCACCGAAGCCACGCUGCGGAUGGAGAAUGUGGAGGUGAAGGAGGAGUGGCAAGACGAGGACUUCCCCAGACCCCUCCCAGAAGAGACGGGAAUGGACUCCCUGGGCAGCCCCGCAGAUGAGAACACAUCCUCUCCCCCUAACACUUUGAACUUUAACGGGGCUCAUCGGAAGCGCAAGACGCUCAUAGCCCCUGAAAUCAACAUUUCCCUGGACCAAAGUGAGGGUUCCAUCCUGUCCGAUGACUUCCUGGACACGCCCGACGACCUGGACAUCAACGUGGAUGACAUCGAAACCCCGGAUGAGACGGACUCCCUGGAGUUCCUGGGCAAUGGGAAUGAACUGGAAUGGGAAGAUGAUACACCUGUGGCCACAGCCAAGAACAUGCCCGGGAACAGCGCAGACCUCUUUGGGGAUGGGGUGGUGGAAGACGGCAGCGCUACCAAUGGGAGACUGUGGAGGACGGUUAUCAUUGGGGAGCAGGAACACCGCAUUGAUCUGCAGAUGAUCAAACCCUACAUGAAAGUGGUGACACAUGGAGGGUACUACGGAGAAGGUCUCAAUGCUAUCAUUGUCUUUGCUGCCUGCUAUCUCCCAGACAGCAAUCUAGCUGAUUACCAUUACAUCAUGGAGAACCUCUUCUUGUACGUGAUCAGUAGCUUGGAGCUGCUGGUGGCCGAGGACUACAUGAUUGUGUACCUGAAUGGAGCCACACCACGUCGGAGGAUGCCGGGCCUGGGCUGGCUGAAGAAAUGCUACCAGAUGAUAGACAGAAGGCUACGGAAAAACCUGAAAGCUUUGAUCAUCGUGCAUCCUUCGUGGUUCAUCCGGACAGUGCUGGCGAUAUCCAGGCCCUUCAUCAGUGUGAAGUUUAUCAAUAAGAUCCAGUACGUUCACAGUCUGGAAGAACUGGAGCAGACUAUCCCCAUGGAGCACGUCCAGAUUCCUGACUGCCUCCUACAGUACGAAGAAGAGAGAACCAAAGCCAGGAAAGAAAGGGCAGAGGAGAAACAAGACAUGGCAGAGAAAGAAAGCUGGCCUCCCUCUGCUCUGGGGCUGGGUCAGGAGCUGCAGCCCCUGACACAGAUCCUGCCUGCCCACGAGAUACAGGCCUGUGCUGCCGAGGGAGGAUCAGGAAACCAGCAUGUCAUGAAUAGAAAUAACGAGGAAUGA